UUUUGUUUGUAACAGUUGAAGCUCUGGAAGCCAUAGCCUCAAGGCUACAACAUACUGGUUGGAAUGUUUCUAGAGAUUCAUGCAGCAGAAGUCAAGGGCUAAAUAGGACAAUUACCACGAGAGCUGACGGGUUUGUUGACAUUGGUACCAAUAUAAUUUGCAACUGUAGCAACACUGUUUGCCACAUAACAACAAUCCAGUUAAAAGGAAUGAACUUGACAGGAGUUUUACCUGAAGAAUUUGCUAAUCUCCCUUCUCUGCAAGAAAUAGAUUUGUCUCGCAACUAUAUCAGUGGCCCUAUUCCUGCAAGUUACGGUCAGCUUCGUCUUCGCAUUUUGAGUUUUUUGGGGAACCGCAUCAAUGGGUCUAUACCUGAAGCACUAGGUGAUAUGUCUACACUUGAGGAGUUGGUCAUGUCAGACAAUCUUCUUGGAGGACCACUUCCUCCACAACUUGGACGCUUGUCUCGCUUGAGAAGAUUCGUUGCUUCUGCAAAUAACUUUACUGGAACUAUACCGGAUUCUUAUGGCAAUCUGACUAAUUUAGAAGAUUUUAGGAUAGAUGGGAGUACAUUAUCUGGGAGUAUACCUGAUUUUAUCGGAAACUGGAGAAAUCUCACAAGACUUGAUAUGCAAGGAACGAACAUGUCUGGACCCAUUCCUUCUACAAUAUCUCUGCUGACAAACUUGAAUUCAUUGAGGAUAUCUGAUUUGACUGGAUCAUCAAGUACGCCAUUUCCUAAUCUGGAGGCUAUGACAAACAUGGAGGAUUUGAUUUUGAGAAAUUGUUUGCUUAUUGGCCCAAUACCUAACUACAUUAAUGGACGAUACGUCAAUUUAAAAAACAUAGACCUGAGCUUCAACCGGUUGGAUGGUCCAGUACCUGAAUUAUUUCAAUUUAUAGACUUUGAUGCCUUGUUUCUGAAUAACAACUUACUAUCCGGAACAUUCCAGAGUGGAUGUUUGUUCGCACAGACAAGAUUGACUUAUCUUACAACAAUUUUAUAA